CUAUAGAUCUUCUGGUUGCAGAUGUUACAAAAUGUCUGCAUCCUAAGUAGAUGCCGUGAAGACCUAAAUCCUACAUAAAAACAGGACUACCUUCAAUAUAUCACAAAAAUAUCUAUUUACAAACAAAAUACCUUCAUUGACAAUAAAACGCCAAACUGUUUAAAAAUAUAAUUAUUUUCAUAUUCCAUUUACGAAACUAGAUCUUACCAUUGCAUAUUUGAAAUAACUUUUUAAAAAUGAGCUUUGAUUCGCCAUCGUCUGCCAAAAGGCUUAAUUUGGAACGGGCCAAUAAUUUUAUGAGACAAUUUAGGGAUCCGGAUUCUAGGGAGUUGAAGAAACUGUCCGCGAAUCAAUUCAUGGAAGUGUGGAGUCACUACGAUCGGGACGGUAAUGGCUACAUCGAGGGCACGGAGCUGGACGGAUUUCUGCGGGAGUUCGUGUCUAGUGCCAAUUUCACCGACAUCAGUCCUGACGCGGUGUCCGAUUCCAUGUUAGUGGAGCUGAAAGCAUGUUUCAUGGAGGCCUACGAUGACAACCAAGAUGGAAAAAUCGAUAUACGAGAGUUGGCGCAGCUAUUGCCUAUGGAAGAGAAUUUCCUCCUGCUGUUCCGAUUCGACAACCCGCUAGAAUCCAGCGUUGAAUUUAUGAAAAUAUGGCGAGAAUACGACACUGACGGCAGCGGGUACAUAGAAGCCGACGAACUGAAGAAUUUCCUCCGAGAUCUUUUGAAAGAAGCGAAGAAGAUCAACGACGUAUCCGAAGAUAAGCUCAUAGAGUACACGGAUACCAUGCUCCAGGUUUUCGAUUCGAAUAAAGACGGCAGGCUGCAGCUCUCCGAAAUGGCUAAACUCCUGCCCGUCAAGGAGAAUUUCCUCUGCAGGCAGGUAUUCAAGGGAGCGACGAAGCUGACUAAGGAUGACAUUGAACGUGUCUUCUCGCUGUACGACCGGGACAAUAAUGGCUCCAUCGAGAAUGAGGAGCUACGCGGCUUUCUGAAGGAUUUAUUAGAAUUAGUGAAAAAGGAUUACGACGCCCAGGACCUCCUAGAGUUUGAAGAAACCAUCCUCCAAGGCGUCGAAUACAGUAGCGACGGCAAAAUCAGCAGGAAACAGUUGACUAUGAUCCUUCUAGCACUGGCCAAGCACCAUCAAGAAGAAGAAGUCACCACGCCGUAAACAUGAGCGAGCGCGCGUCCUUCACUCCGUCCCGAUUUCUGAACGAAUUUUCUAGCUGUCACCACUUAAGCGGUCUACACAUUGUACGAUUU